AUGACUCACUCACGUGCAACCACAAAAAUUAUUGUCGUCGGUGGAGGGGGCACUAUUGGUUCCUCCACCGCAUUGCAUCUCGUUCGGUGCGGGUAUACUCCGUCAAAUAUUACCGUUCUUGACGUGUAUCCGAUUCCUUCAUCACAGUCUGCGGGAAAUGAUCUCAAUAAGAUCAUGGGCAUCCGGUUACGAAACCGUUCAGAUUUACAACUUUCGCUGGAGGCGCUAGAUAUGUGGAAAAACGAUUCAUUAUUUAUGCCUUUCUUCCACAAUGUCGGCAUGAUUGACUGCUCAUCAUCGGAUGAGGGGAUCUCCGCGCUUCGGAAGAAGUAUCAAUCACUCCUCGAUGCGAAUAUUGGGCUAGAUAAGACAAACUUCUGGCUGGAUAACGAAGAUGACAUUCAGGCGAAGGCACCAAACUUUACGCGGGAGCAGCUUAAAGGGUGGAAAGGUGUGUUUUGCAGUGACGGAGGCUGGCUUUCGGCUGCCAAAGCUAUCAAUGCGAUUGGGCAAUUCCUGAAACACAAGGGUGUCAAUUUUGGAUUUGGCAGCGCCGGGACAUUCAAGCGGCCCCUAUUCACCUCAGAUGGAACAACUUGCCAUGGGGUUGAAACAGUGGAUGGGAAGAAAUAUUACGCCGAUAAGAUAGUCUUGGCUACCGGGGCGUGGAGUCCAACAUUAAUUGAUCUAGAAGAUCAAUGCGUUUCCAAAGCUUGGGUUUUCGCUCAUAUUCAACUUACGGCUCACGAAGCGAGUCAAUACAAGGGCAUCCCUGUGGUCUAUGACUGUGAUUAUGGUUUCUUCUUCGAGCCCAAUGAGCAUGGAAUCAUCAAAGUCUGCGAUGAGUUCCCGGGGUUCUCCCGCUUCAAAAAGCACCAGCCCUACGGUGCUAACUCUCCGAAAAUGAUAUCUGUUCCGCGAUCACAUGCUAAGCAUCCGACGGAUACUUAUCCAGAUGCCUCCGAAAUAACAAUUCGAAAGGCUAUCAAGAGGUUUAUGCCUGCUUUCGAGAACAAGAAACUUUUCAGCCGGACUAUGUGCUGGUGCACCGACACUGCUGAUGCAAAUCUCCUGAUAUGCGAACACCCCAAAUGGAAAGGCUUUUUCCUCGCGACAGGAGACAGUGGGCAUUCUUUCAAAAUUUUGCCAAAUAUUGGAAAGCAUGUCGUGGAGUUGAUUGAAGGUUCUCUUGCCCCUGAUCUUGCUGAUUCUUGGAAGUGGAGACCUGGCGGUGAUGCCCUUAAGUCUAGACGGGGUGGUGUGCCCAAGGAUCUCGCUGAUAUGCAAGGCUGGAAGCACGAUCCAAAGCUUUGA